UCCCUGGCACGAGCCUGGGCACCAGCUUGCUUGCGUUUAUCAGCGUUGCUUGGCGACCACGUUGCCAACUGCGUCUGCUACUAAGCCAGCACAGAGCUUCCCUACUGAGACAUUGUGGCAAGACUUGGCUCUGAGUUUCCUUCCAUAUUCAAACAUUUAGGAGCUGGCUUAUUAUAAACCUUGGUUCUGGGUUUGGGAGAGGCCAUCUUGGCGUAGUCUCUUAUUUUGGGUUGGGGAUGCAGGAGAAGCUUAGCGGUAAAGAAGGGGCCUGUGAAGCAGACAACAUUUACCAUGGAGAUAUUCUUUCCCAAAAAGGAAAGGACGCCCCUGGGAUUCUGUGAUGGCCUGGAUAAGAUCUUCAUGGGCUUUGGGAACGAGGACGAGAGAGGCUGUGAGCCGCCCAAAUACCACACCAGCUAUGCACCUUAUUAUCCUAUCCACAAGGCUGCAAGCAUGGGCGACAUAGACACUGUGAAGAACUUCGUCAAACGGGGAGUUUUAGUCAUGGAACAAAUAGAUUGGAAGUACAGAACUGCCCUGCAUUUUGCCUGUGUCUAUGGCCAUCCAGAGGUGGUGGCUUUCCUGGUGGAGAACAGCUGUGAGAUUAGUCCAAAGGACAUUAAAGAUGCCACACCUCUAAUUAAGGCUGCACAAUGCAGACAGACAGAAUGCCUUGAUAUUCUGCUGAAGUAUGGUGCUGAUCCAGAUGUUAUCGACUGUCGUGGCAACACCGCUCUGCACUAUGCUGUCUACAACGGGGAUAUCAAAACAGCCGCAAAGCUGCUCAAAUACAGGGCAAACAUGGAAGCAGUAAAUGAGAACAAGAUCACACCACUUUUGCUUGCUCUGAAACAAAACAAGGAGAAGAUGGCAGAAUUCUUAAUCAACAAGGGAGCCAACACAAAAACAUGUGACUUUCUGGGAAGAAGCACCCUUAUGUAUGCUGUAAGGUGUGGGUCAGAACUUAUCAUCAAGCUUCUUCUUCAAAGAGGUAUAGAUACCUUUAAGCAAGAUGCCUUUGGAUGGACAGCUAAACGUUAUGCUGUUGAAAGUAAAAGCAAAGUUAGGACACUACUUAUUGACUAUGAUGAAGAGGAACUGAGACAAACAUGUUUAGAGAUCAUGAAGAAAGAUGCUUGCUCAACGCCUUUCCGGCCUGCCUCGGAAGUGAAAGAGUCUCUUCAAAGUGAAGGAGUGGAAAAGACAGAGGCAAAACCAUCAAAGUCAGGGAACACUGAGAAGGAUGCACGCUCAAUGCCUACCACAGAAGUGGAGGAUUCUCCUCAAAGCGAAGCAAUGGAAAAGGCAGAGGCAAGACCGUCCAAAUUAGAACCAGGCUUACGAGUGUCCUCAGAGAAAAAGUCAAAAAAAUGUGAUCACAAAGAAAGUAACCGGCCAUUGAAAUUUUUCGAGAGGGUUUUUCGGGAUAGUCAUUCCUCCGGGACUCGAGAAGAGAAAAGCAAAGACAUCACAAAAGGAAGAGUUCUAGAGGACCCAGUACCCACACAGUGAGCCAUCAUGGGCACCGGACAUGCAUGUGCUGCACAUUUAUUGUAUACAUAAAGUAAAAUAAAUAAAUAAAUCUAAAGCAAACCUUUGAAGUUAUUUGUCAGAAAUAUUUGUGUAAAUUUGAAUAAAGGAAAGAAUAUUUUAUGAACUCUUACUCUGAAACAGUAUAUCCACUCUUUUCAAUUUGGAAACAUCACCCUCAAAAAUGAAUUCUACAUUUCAUUCAACCGAUAAGAAAACACUGUUCUUCCUAAAUUAAAGGAUGACUUGGAAAUCUGUCUAGUCAACUCCGUCAUUUACCUGUUGGAACCAUUUUUUCCUCUUAUUGUAGAUCACAAGUCUCUCCAUCAGCCAGAAUGU